CUCGCGAGCAGGAAAUAACCCUCGAGACGGCUCCAGACGAGACGCCAUAAAUUGUCACUUGCUGUAGUAGUUUUAUUGCUAACGAGAGCCAGUUGACUUGGAGAAGAACAAGGAACAACACUGUCCAAAAUUUAACACCGGGGUCGCUAAAUAACGGAAGCAUUACGCCGUCAAAUGAUGCGUAAGAUGCCUGGUCAACUCGACAGCUUGAAGCCCAGGAAGAGGAAAAGCAGCUCCAGAAAGGCUUCCACUACAAGGAGGAAAUGUAUGAAAAGUCCAAAGACACAGUCAGCAGCAGAGAGCAGUUCAGUCAUCAGUGGCUACAGUAAAGCACUUGAUCCUCUGGAGAGACUCUCGCUCAUCAGCUGUGAAUGUCAGCAGUCGGCAGGCAGGAGGAGAUGCUCGGCAUCACCAGAGCUCGAAGGACAGGAGGGCAAAGAAAAUGAACUUAGGACAGGGCUGGAUUUGGACAGCUGCGGAAUGUACAGCAUCUGGGACAAACAGGAAUCUGAGGACAUGGACUGUGAUGAAACCAGCAAAAACAUCUUCCCAGAUGACGACAGUAAUCAGAUUCUUCCUGUGGAGCAGUUCUUUGGGAACUUGGAUGCAGUACAGGACUUUCCUCAGAGAUCGUCAGCGUCUUCAGCCCGUGUUGACAGGGAGAACAGGAGACGACAUUACUAUGCACCAGAGGACAGUGAUGAAGAGGAGGCGGGCCUCAGCAGUACGCAGCGAGACGACAAAGAGGACACUUAAUGAAGAAUAACUGCACUGAUGACUGUGAUGGACUCACAAUCAUACCUGUGGAAGGACAUAUGUUUCUCAGCACUUACAAAAAAGCGGCCAAACGUAUUCAGAUGCUGCCUUCAGUCAGCCCUUAAAUCAUAACGCCGUCACACGAAAACCAUGCGUGAUGAUGCUCAUGAGUCACUGGUGAGGAGUUAGGAGGCUUUAACUUGCUGUUGCUGAAUCUUGCUCACAAGCCUACAUUGUAUAAGUGCGUGUUUGCUUUAAUCCUACUUCCAUGUGCUGAAGUGAUUCAAUUCAAUAUUAUUUAUAAAGCCCCUUAUCACAAAACACUCCCCCAAACUCCCCCAAAAAAACCCUGUAACAGGGGUAAAAAAAAAAGGGAAGACCCAAGGAAGAGCGACUGACGAGGGAUCCCUCUUCCAGGACGGACAGACAUGCAAACGAUGUAAAUAUUCUUCACAACUCAAAAUCUCGCGCAUCACAGAAUUCGUCGGCUGGUGUUUAUCACUGUUUCAACAGUUUGAAAUAUACAAUUGUUGACUAUACUAUGAGGACCGUCCAAAUGCACAAAAAUGCUGAAUUGUUUUCGACUCGUAGUACUAAGACUGAAAUUUGAAAUAUUUAAUUUUAUAUUUUUUUAAUAUAGCUACAUUGACGGGAUAAAUAUAGCCACAUGUUGGGAACAUAUACAAUAGUGCCUGUUUAAUUAUUUAUUGCUGAAUUUAUGCUCACACCACCCAUGGUACAGACAACUUUGGUCUUACCUGGAUGGCAUGUUUGCGUGGCACUUUAUUCAGACAAGUCGGUUCACAUGACAUACUGCUUCCUAAUUUUAGUGCAAAUUUGCAGUGUGAGAUUAGCCUUACAGAAGAUGCCAAACAGUGUUGGAAUAAAACCAGAAGCUUUAAAAAGCUUCUUCUAACAAAUCUACAAAUUUAGAGUUCUAAACUUUUCAAUGCAAAUGUCAUGUGUUGAUAAAGGCAGCGCAAAGACAGAUUUCAUCUUCUGGUUUCUGUAUAUAAAUGUGGUAAAUAAGGAGGGUGCACGCGCCAAAGAGCAUUUCCAUAAUAAGAGCUUUUUAAUAUCAUAUAUUCAGUGUUUAAGAUGAAUGUCAUUGCUCACUAAGUGUCUAAUAUUCCUCAACUCAACUUUGUGUGCUGAGUUUUUUUGUUUUUGGCAGCUGAUUACCAUACAACACAUCUGUAAUAAUAACAUACAUAAAUAUAUAUAUCAAUGCAGCUCAUAAUGUUCCCUGAUUAGCAGGCCCACACAGAAUUCUAAUAAGACCUCAGCUGAUUUAAAAAAAAACAAACAAAAAAAAAACUUAAAAAUGAAUAUUUCUAUCAGAUUACAAGCAAAAAAACAAAAAAAACAUUCUGCAGAUUUUUUUUCUUGGUCACCACUAAAAAUGGUUUAAAAUAAUCUACAGAUUCUGUUUGAGCCUGAGGUUCCUGUUUGGUUUACAUUUGCAAGUAUGAAAAAAAUUCUACAUAUAAAUGUUUUAUUAAAACAAAUAUGGACUCAAAAACUUCUAAAGGUUUUUAGCAUAUAAGCAAACUGAGGAUAACUUAAACCUGACUUUAAAUGAAAUUGAGUUUUCAGAUUUUGUGGUUAGCAGUAAUUGCACUAGCGCUAUUCACUCCUAUGCAACUUUCUGACUGAGUGAAUACCCCAAUGUGAUAAAUUCAUGCAUUUAACAUUACCGUGCCAACAUUAAGAAAAAAAAUAAAGGUUUUUCAUGA